AUGGUGCCAGGAGCCAUUCUGUGGCUUUUCCUCUCACUCAGCUGCCUCUUGCCUUCUGCUAAGUCCCAGGCAAAGAUACCACUGGAAAUGGUGAAGUCCUGGGCAGAUGCCUUUGGUGGGGAGAUAUAUUCCAUCAUGACAAAGUAUUCAGGCUCGCUCCUUUUACAGAAGAAGUACAAAGAUGUGGAGCCAACUCUGAAGAUCAAGGAGGUGGAUGGCUUGGAGCUGGUGAAGAAGUUCUCAGAAGAGAUGGAGAGCAUGCUGCGCAGAAAAGUAGAAGCUGUUGAGAGGCUGGUGGAAGCAGCGGAAGACGCAGAUCUGAAACAUGAAUUCAACUCCUCUCUGGUGUUUGAUUACUACAACUCUCUCCUGAUUAAUGAAAAGGAUGAGAAUGAUAAUUAUGUGGAGCUUGGAGACGAAUUCAUUCUUGAGCCAAAUGAGCAUUUCAAUAAUCUGCUGGUGAACACAACGUACAGUGAUGUGCAGCUCCCAACCAAUGUCUACAACAAAGACCCUGACAUAUUGAAUGGAGUUUACAUGUCAGAAGCCUUGAAUCCUAUUUUUGUGGACAAUUUCCAAAGAGACCCAACCUUGACCUGGCAGUACUUUGGCAGCUCCACAGGAUUCUUCAGACUUUACCCAGGGAUAAAGUGGAUGCCAGAUGAGAAUGGAGUCAUCUCCUUCGACUGCAGGAAUCGAGGCUGGUACAUCCAGGCAGCCACUUCGCCCAAGGACAUUAUAAUCGUGGUGGAUAUCAGUGGGAGCAUGAAGGGUCUGCUGAUGACCAUUGCCAAACACACCAUCAUCACCAUUUUGGACACUUUGGGGGAAAAUGAUUUCGUCAAUAUUAUUGCAUACAACGAUUAUGUUCAUUAUGUUGAACCCUGUUUCAAGGGCAUCCUGGUCCAAGCAGACAGAGAUAACAGAGAACACUUUAAGCAGUUGGUGGAUGAGCUGCAGGCAAAAGGAGUGGGGACCGUCAAUAAAGCUGUGCUGGAAUCCUUCAAAAUCCUGAGGGAGUUCAGAGAGGCUGGGCAAGGAGGCCUGUGUAACCAAGCCAUCAUGCUGAUCACAGACGGAGCUGUGGAGGAUUAUGAAUCUGUGUUUGAAAAGUACAACUGGCCUGAUCGUAAGGUCCGAGUUUUCACUUAUCUCAUUGGAAGGGAAGUCACGUUUGCACAAAAUGUGAAAUGGAUAGCUUGCAACAACAAAGGCUACUACACUCAGAUCUCCACCCUGGCAGAUGUUCAGGAGAAUGUGAUGGAAUACCUGCAUGUGCUCAGCCGUCCAAUGGUCAUCAACCAUGAUCAUGACAUCAUAUGGACUGAAGCCUACAUGGACAGUGCGCUCUUUGCAUCUCAAGCUCAAAGCCUGCUGCUCAUGACAACAGUAGCUAUGCCAGUCUUCAGCAAAAAGAAUGAAACGAGAUCUCAUGGCAUUCUCCUGGGUGUAGUGGGCUCUGAUGUCCCACUCAGGGAGCUACUGAAACUGGCUCCACGGUACAAGUUGGGAGUCCAUGGAUAUGCCUUUCUGAACACUAACAACGGUUACAUCCUCUCACACCCAGAUCUCCGACCUUUGUACAGAGAGGGAAAGAAGCUGAAGCCCAAACCAAACUACAACAGUGUGGAUCUCUCUGAAGUGGAGUGGGAAGACCAAGAUGAAAUAUCUGUGUGCUGGGAAGGAAAUGUUUUGCAAGGCCAGGAUCACAUGGAAGAUAUGGAUGAAAUACCAGGUCUGAGAACAGCAAUGAUCAAUGGAGAAACAGGUUACCUUGCUAUGGACGUGAAGGUCCCUGUGGAUAAAGGGAAACGGGUUCUCUUUCUCACUAACGAUUAUUUCUUCACUGACAUCAGUGGCACGCCUUUCAGCCUGGGUGUCGUCCUCUCCCGUGGGCAUGGGGAAUACAUCCUGCUGGGGAACACUUCCGUGGAAGAAGGCUUGCACGACCUGCUGCAGCCAGACUUGACCUUAGCUAAUGAAUGGAUUUACUGCAUCACCGAUAUUGAUCCAGAUCACCGGAAGCUCAGCCAGCUGGAGGCCAUGAUCCGCUUCCUCACAGGAGAGGAACCCGAUCUGGAAUGUGAUGAGGACUUGGUCCAGGAGGUGCUGUUUGAUGCAGUGGUAACUGCGCCAAUGGAGGCCUACUGGACAGCCUUGGCCCUCAACAUGUCUGAUGAGACUGAGCAGGGGGUCGAGAUGGCAUUUCUGGGCACUCGAGCUGGCCUCAUGAGGAGCCUCCUGUAUGUGGGAUCUGAGAAACUCUCAAACAGGCAAUUCCUGACCUUGGGGGAAAAGGAGAGUAUCUUCACCAUGGAUCACUUCCCCCUGUGGUAUCGCCGAGCAGCAGAGCAUCCUCCAGGGAGCUUCAUCUAUAGCAUCACCUCAGAAGAGGGUUCAGAGGGAGGUGGCAAACCAGAGGUGGUGACAGUGAGCACAUCUGUUGCUGUGACUGUGGAUGGGAAGACGGCUAUUGCUGCAGCUGUGGGCGUGCAAAUUAAGCUGGAAUUACUCCAACGCAAGUUUUGGAUGGCUACGCAGCAGCCCAAUGACACUGAUUGCAGUGGCGUGGAUGGCGCGUGUCCACUGAGCUGUCAGGAUGAUAAUCUGAACUGCUUCCUCAUUGAUAAUAAUGGGUUUAUAUUCAUUUCCAAGGGACCUACAGAGGCUGGAAAAUUUUUUGGUGAAGUGGACGGCUCAGUAAUGAACCAACUCCUAAACAUGGGAAUGUUCAGGCAGGUGACGAUGUACGACUAUCAGGCCAUGUGCAAAAUGCCCUACCAUCAUCACAGUGGAGCCCAGCCCCUGCUCAGUCCCAUUUAUACCUUUCUUGCUGCAGCGAAGUGGCUGAUAAGUGAUUUCCUCACAUUUCUUUUGGAGUUCAAUAUUUGUGGCUUCUGGCACUCAGACAGCUUGGCAGAUGCCAAGUCUGUCUUCCAUCAUUCUCACAAGCAUAAGAAACACGAUAUGCUGCAGCCAUGUGACACAGAAUACCCGGUCUUCGUGUACGAGAACACCAUCAGAGAGACCAACGGGCUGAUAGAGUGCGGAGACUGCCAAAAGAUGUUUGUAGCACAGCAGAUUGCCAACAGUAACCUCCUGCUCCUGGUUACAGAUGCUGCCUGUGACUGCAGCAUCUUCCCACCUGUCCUCCUGGAAGCAAAAGAAGUCAAAUAUAAUGCUUCGGUGAAGUGCGACAGGAUGCGCUCCCAGAAACUGAGACGGCGGCCAGAUACCUGCCACGCAUUCCACCCGGAGGAGAAUGCUCAGGACUGCGGUGGAGCUGCUGAGAUCUCAGCCUCGCUGACAUUACUCCUCCUAGCACUAGUGACCUUUGCUCUCCUCCUGCGAUGACAGAGUCUACCACGAUCCUUACAGUUUGAAGAAAUGGUGCAUAAUACAAGGGAGUCCACUACUUCCCGGGGACAUUCUUAGAGCCAGAGAGUUGGAGCUGUAGGAGGGGAGGAGCCCAUGAUGUAGGCACUAUGACUCCCUGUGGACUUGUGGGGACAAGGCAUUAGAUACCCCUCACAUAUUGGCCUGUCUCUCGGACAAAAGGCUUAUAGUUCAGUUUUGUGUUUACAAAGAAGCUGUUUCUUCCGGAAGAACUUGCAGCUUGAGUCCUGGCCACCAUGGCUAUGGAUCAAAUGGGAUUAACUGUCUAUGCAAUAAAUACUGGAUUGGAUAUUCCCAGCUCUGGGGACAUUACCUGACAGAUCAGCUGCGCUCAUGAGGGAAUGUGAAGGCUCCAGGAAUAUCCGAUGCCAUCUUCCUGUGACUAGUUCUGCCCCCAUCCAUGCUAGUGAUGGAGUCCAUGCAGAUGCAGUGGGGAUUUCACUAGUGCUAUCCACUAUAUAGCAGAGCUCUCCAUAAUAUAAUCUGCCUUGCUGUGCCACACCAGGCUGAUUUACUGCGUAGGAUGGUUUGAACUGGGCACACAUUGCCCUUCAGGAACAGCUAGGGUUUAGCUAUGAAAUUUUAUUUACUGAACAUGUUGCUCACCGGGCUCAAGGAUUUUCAGCACCUUGGAUUCCUAGUGGUUACGGGGCACAGGGGGAAGCCAGUGAUGACCGGAGUUAGGCAUAAACUGCAGGGCAGGGCAGGGCAGCAGUAAAGGAAAAAUACCUCAGUGAGGCUCCGCACAAGGAGGCGGUUCCCCAACACAGGGCAGUUCCUAGAGACCAGAUUCCCCACAUCAGUGUUAUACAAUUCAUAAUGGGGAUUACACUGACUUAAAAGGAGACCCAAGCAGAGGAAGUAGCACAGCUUGGCUAGUUAUACUUAUUUCAACAGAAACUGCCAUAGAGCUUUGGUCCCCAGAACUGACUUCUCUUAAAACGUGAUUGAGCAUCCUGGAAAGUCUAACAAGCCUGCAUACAAAAGGGAAAGGCACCUGUAUUAAAAACAAAACGAAACAGCCCCUCCAGACAUAGGACCUACUUACAAAAAGAAGAAAGGAAAAAAUAAGAAGUGGGGUUUGUGCUGCCAUCUGCUUUCUCUGCAGAAGCAGCUAAGAACCAAGCACCAACUUCAGAUCUAUGCUGUCCUAAUCAAUUGCUGAAGCCUCAGGCUGGGCUGGAGACAGUGGCAGUCCCCCACUCAUGAUUCUGGUUGUUCCCAGCUGCCAGGCACAUGUUUUCAGGCAUGACGAACAAUGACCAGGGAAGAGGGAACAAGAUUUUUUUUUUUAAAUAAAGUGCUUGCCAUUGUCUCUUUAAAAACAAAUGUGGCAUAUUUUAAAGGUGUAUUAUGUUAUACUUGGGACUGAUCUCAGCCUUGUAACUCCAAGCAACCCUAAUCCACUGGUGGUGAUUACAGCCACUGCAGAGUCUAUGGCCUGGGGGCAACUGAGUCAUGCAACCCCUACAGUGCAUUAGCAGCUUGCCAGGAGCUCAAGGGUUGGGCCUGAUUUGCUUAAAAUGGAGCAGAUGGCAGCUGCCUUAAUUAGUAAUACAGAUGUUGAAACUACAUCUCCCAGCAUGCAGUACUCUCAAUUGGGCCAAAGGGCCAUGCUCUGUUGGGUCCUCUGAGUGCUGCCAUAAUACAAAUAAGACAUGAAUAAUAAA